CAUUGUUAUCCUCUAUAGCCGAAGACCAUUGUCCUCCUCAAUAGUUACUUCUGAAUCUUAUUGUCCAUCAGGUCAAUGGACCUUGCAUCAAUAAAACCCGCCACUCUCACCAUGGGCUUCUCUCGUCUUCCCUUGACUUUUCUGUUCUACACCCAACGACUUUUAUACGACUUGCCCAUAUCAUGACUUCUGUCUCUAGUUUUCUGAAACGCAGUGCCCGCUCUCGUGCUCGCAAGAGCUCUCCUUUGCAAUUAUCCACAACCGAUCUCCAUAUCAUUCCCGAAGAAGACGAAACAUCACGUCCUUCUUGCUCGUCUUCGACCAGUACUUCUCCUUCGAAUACCCCAGAGCUCAAGAGGCGCAGACCUAUCUCGCCCUAUGAAAUCCGGAUCGCUAAGACCCAAAAUCAAGAUUCUGACGAAGACUUUGCGUACAACUCGGACUUGCUUUCCGCACCACGACCUGCGCCACGACCUCCAUGCGGUGUCUCCCCGAGCUCUUCACCUGACUCUUUUUGCUUGACUUUCACAGAAGAGUCAUUCAAAUUUCCUCACCCUCCGUUGCCGACACCUUCUUCGUCGGACCGUCAUUUUUUCGCGCAAUCUCCACUGUCCAGUCCGAGCUCUGACUCGUCUGCACUUCCACCUACGCCCACUUCAUCGGAUGAUGAAUUCCAUCGUCCCCCACCUCCAAAUUUCAUUGCGCGUAGAGUUUCCAUUCGACCGCUCAUGAUUGUAAAACACGACGCGUUACCUUCCAUGUUCAGCAAAUCUCCAUCAAACUUCUCCGAAGCCGAGUUCUCUUCUUCGGAAGAAUCAGAACCCGAAUCAGACUCAGAGUGGUACGGUCGUGAACUCAGCCAGAUGGUCACCCUGCGCUCUGCACUACCACCCAAUUUUCCUCACACUGUCAAAACUGAAUCUGCCAGACCAGACUCUAUGGUUGGUUCGGUGUAUGGUGGAUCUUCCCCAGCUUCGAGUUUCUCAUCCACUCUCCCAUCACCACAGCUAGACCCAACUUCCUCUCGCCGGCGGUUUACCAUUCCUUCGCGCUCACCGCCACCUCCUCCCCGUGAAUCGGUAGUCCCUUCGCCGGCAGUUUUUGAAGAUGAUGACUUCUUUACACAGGUGAGGAAUCCCGAGCCUAGUCGCAGGCCACCUCCUCGCACGAGCAUUCCAGCCGACUUCGGUUUCUUCCCCGAGGAUGUUGGUGAAGCUGCUUUUCCCGACGAAGAAGAAGAUGACGAAGAGGAUUGUGAUAAUAUCCUGACCUACUAUGUCGAGGCAGAAUCUUCUACAUUAUCUGGAUCGUCUGAUAGCUUCUAUUCACAACCUUCUCACACUGAACGUUUCUCUAUCUCUGAUCUCAAUGGAGAAUUCCAAUUCGCUAUCGACACCGAAAUCGACCGCCCCAUGAUGCUCCCUUUGUCGCUACCCAACUCUCCGAUCGAUCUCGAAUCCGACAUUGCUAACGGACUAGCUGAGCUGCGCAUGCGUCCCGAAGCUGAUGCUCCCGUAGACGAAAUAGCAGACGACCUACCUAUCCUGACGAAACCCUCAACUUCCGUCACACGGUCUGCGAGUUUGUUGGCCCGUCGACAAAUGCGCAGGAAUAUGACCGUGUCGGUUCCUUUGGCAAUCGACUGGAAUUUGUCGGAGGAGGAGGAAAUUGCCGCCGACGAAGCGAGGGAUGAAAUUGCAGUUCAAAAUGCAGUUUACUCCGCUCCCGCUCCUUCCAUCGCUGUUUGUUCCCCAGAAGAAGCUCCACCAGCUGAAGACGAUGAACCUGCCUACGAGGAUCACGAGCUUCGUCUAAAACAUUCCAAUCCUCAGCUUCGUUCACGAUGGAGCUCCUCUACGUUGUCUUCCAUCCGCGAAGAACAGCAGAAUCGCGGCUGGCGUAGCUCCAAACUGCGAUUGUACUUUAGUAGCUCCAAGAAACGAAGUAUAUCUACUUCCUCCGGUUUGUUAUCUCCUACCACUCCGACUACCCCGUCAAAGCCUAAAAUCGACUCUAAGCAGAAGGCCCGAAAUAAAAAACGCGGAGUCGUUGUCGUGGGUCCUCCUAGCUCCGCUUCCGCGUCCUCCGGUUGGAGUUAUGGUUCAUCGCUCCAAUCGCCUGUGCCCAAAAUUCCCGCUUCCACUCCGACGACUGGUCCAAUGUCACCUUACUACAACUAUGAAAAUCGCUCGCCUGUCUCCAAACGCCAUCGUCAAACAGAGUCUGAUGAUGUCAUGGUCAUCGGUUAUGGACACCACCCUGGUGCACACGGAGGCGUUGGAGUCCGCAGGAGAGGUAGUACCAGUACGUCUUGCAGCAGUGCUCGUGGCAGCGGAGCCAGUGACGCCUCUAGUAUCCUCAGUGGCUCAAGCAGCGCCAGUUCUGGGUUACGGCGAAAACCUAUCCCCGUCGAAAUGUUUUUGAGGGCUUAAAGCAUCCUUUCUUUUUUUGUUAUUACAGUUCCUACCCUUUGCUUGCAUUAAACGAUUCUCAACGCAUAUCACAAUCUUUACCACAUUCAUAGACAUUGACGAUUUAUCACAAACGACUCUUACUUAUUCUCUUGCAUGUUUUGAACAACACCCUGUAGCCUAUAGUCCCUUUCGAUCUUCUAUAUCCAUAAUCCUGCUCUUUGCUCUGAUAGCUAGUACUACCUACUUACAUGUAAUUAAUAGUUUCUUACAAUGAAAGCUCGAAGCUGCCUCCCAUUCCAGUGCGAUC